AUGGCCGCUCAGGAUCAGCCGCUAAUCACAGAAGGAGUUCAUGGCCGAAUCCAAACUCUGACCGAGGUCAAUAUCGAAUUGUGUGACAAAAAUGAGCAUCUUUCCACCAAAGUGGGUUUACUGGAGAGCAGACUCAGCCGUCUGACCAUCUCCAACUCAGAGCUCUCCUCAAUGCUGGUUCACAGCGAAGAGGAAAAACUCAAGCUGUCCAAAGAACUGGUUGAGGAGAAACAGCGAAAUAACAAAAUGGUGGAACAACUUGAAGAAGAAUUGUUGAAUUUGAAAGACAAGCUUUUGAAUCAGGGCAGUGUAAUAACGCAGAUAGAGAUGGAGAGAGACAAGCUGAAGUGGGAGCUGCAGUCUGGGAGAGAGCUGAGCCAGGACUACAAUCACCUAAAGGAGGACUACCAGAGUCUGAGCCAGGCCCAUCACCGAGAGCUGGCUCACAACCAGGAGCUGAGUACAGAACUGCUGGCUCUGGCUCAGGCUCAGGACGCUCUCCGCAGGCAGCUGCAGGAACAGCAGCAGACGGUUCAGACCACCACCAAGGACCUGCACAUCGAGCUAGAUCGUGUACUGGCCCUGGUCAGCCGUAUGUCACAAGAUAGAGUCAAGCCUGAGGAUUUAGCCGCGUUGGACAAGGAGCAGAAAACUCUGGGGGCAAAUCUCUUAGGAAACCAGGAUAAAAUGAAAACCAUGAUGGAGAACUUGAAGAGGACCUACGAGGAAAAACAGAAGGAAUUGGAGGAGAAAGUAUUGGCGAUGGAUAAGGAGAACAAGAUGGAGAUCCAGAGUACACAGCAGAAGUUAACUCAACAAAGAGAGACCAAGAGCUAUUCACAGAGCUACGUGAGAGAGAUUGAAGAGGAGAACUCUCAGCUGCAACUCAAACUUAAAGAACUCAAUGAGGAAUACAGAGCCCGACUGAACUGCUAUAUACAAGACCUAGCAGAGUACAUGGAUGGAAUAGGCGAGUCAACAAAGUCUCCAAACAUGAGUAAAAUGAAACGUUACGUAGACAAUAUGCUACAGGACAUGCGUUCAUCUUUCAGAGUGAGAGAAGAACAGUUAGCUACAGCGGCGCGUUUUUAUAAGAAGAGACUACAGAGGAUCACCAUUACCCAUCAUGCUUUGCUCAUAGCAUACAGAGAUCAGAGAGAGCAGAUGUUGGCCAAACCAGACUUUGGGCUGAAAACUGGACCUCCAGAAUCCAGUUUUGAUUUGGACAUAAAUGAACUGAAGGGUGAAAUGGAAAAGGAAAUUCAACAUCUUCGCCAAGAUAAAGCAAGACUAGAGCUACAACUACAGACAGCCAUGGCACAGAUGUCCACAUUCCAAAUCCCAAUACAAGCUGCCUCUCAAGAGGUGUCUCAGAAAUGCGAAGAAUCCUGGACAGACGUCAGGAAACAGCUGAAGGACAUGACAGAGUCCACAUUGGAAAGUUUUGAGAAGGAGCGCAUACUUCUCAUGACCAGAGCAACAGUGGCUGAAGCGCAAGUGACAGAGAUGCAGGAAUAUAUAGACAAACAGCUGGACAGGUACAAGAAGAACCCCACAGACCUCAACAAACAAGAUUGCAGAGAGGAAGCUCAUCCGUCCACAACACUGGAGCAGAGGAAGUACCUCACAAGGCCAGCGCCGGCCACUUGUCAACAGCUCCUUUGUUUAAGGAGGUUAAUUGGGAACCAGGAAGAAAAGGUGACAAUGAGAGGAAUGCACGAGGAGUCCAGUCCUGCCUCAUCAUGA